UGGGAAUUGAACCAAUGGCUAACAGCUGUACAUAAUUAGCCAGCCAGGGUAGAAGGGUCUGGGAUUCCUUUAUGAGGUGCAACCAAAACAGCUGUCAGACAUAGCAACAGGGAUAUUCUGGCAGGCUGUCGAGAAUUAGUUCUUGAAUACUGGUGCGGUUUUGAUCACUAAUAUGGCUGUGACCUUUGGACUCUCAUUGAGUGUUUCUUGGAUUUGUUGCCUGCUAAUUGGAGGGAUAACUUGUUUUACACUUAAAGGUAACGCUCAUGGGCAUCCUGCCUACACUGGACCUGAACCAACUGGAUCCUAUGCCCAAGCAAGUGUGGUGUCUGGUCCAAAUGCUAAAGCUACUGGCCACAAUGCCACGUCAGCAGAAGCUACUGGCCACAAUGCCACGUCAGCAGAAGCUACUGGCCACAAUGCCACGUCAGCGGAAGCUACUGGCCACAAUGCCACGUCAGCGGAAGCUACUGACCACAAUGCCACGUCAGCGGACGCUACUGGCCACAAUGCCACGUCAGCGGACGCUACUGGCCACAAUGCCACGUCAGCGGACGCUACUGGCCACAAUGCCACGUCAGCGGAAGCUACUGGCCACAAUGCCACGUCAGCGGACACUACUGGCCACAAUGCCCCGUCAAGUGUGAAGUCCGGUCCCGGCGCCUCAGCAGAAGUGUCCGGCCCCGGCGCCUCAGCAGAAGUGUCCGGCCCCGGCGCCUCAGCAGAAGUGUCCGGCCCCGGCGCCUCAGCAGAAGUGUCCGGCCCCGGCGCCUCAGCAGAAGUGUCCGGCCCCGGCGCCUCAGCAGAAGUGUCCGGCCCCGGCGCCUCAGCAGAAGUGUCCGGCCCCGGCGCCUCAGCAGAAGUGUCCGGCCCCGGCGCCUCAGCAGAAGUGUCCGGCCCCGGCGCCUCAGCAGAAGUGUCCGGCCCCGGCUCCAGAAGUGUCCGGCCCCGGCGCCUCAGCAGAAGUGUCCGGCCCCGGCUCCUCAGCAGAAGUGUCCGGCCCCGGCUCCUCAGCAGAAGUGUCCGGCCCCGGCUCCUCAGCAGAAGUGUCCGGCCCCGGCUCCUCAGCAGAAGUGUCCGGCCCCGGCUCCUCAGCAGAAGUGUCCGGCCCCGGCUCCUCAGCAGAAGUGUCCGGCCCCUCCUCAGCAGAAGUGUCCGGCCCCGGCUCCUCAGCAGAAGUGUCCGGCCCCGGCGCCUCAGCAGAAGUGUCCGGCCCGGCUCCUCAGCAGAAGUGUCCGGCCCCGGCUCCUCAGCAGAAGUGUCCGGCCCCGGCUCCUCAGCAGAAGUGUCCGGCCCCGGCUCCUCAGCAGAAGUGUCCGGCCCCGGCUCCUCAGCAGAAGUGUCCGGCCCCGGCUCCUCAGCAGAAGUGUCCGGCCCCGGCGCCUCAGCAGAAGUGUCCGGCCCCGGCGCCUCAGCAGAAGUGUCCGGCCCCGGCUCCUCAGCAGAAGUGUCCGGCCCCGGCUCCUCAGCAGAAGUGUCCGGCCCCAGCGCCUCAGCAGAAGUGUCCGGCCCCGGCGCCUCAGCAGAAGUGUCCGGCCCCGGCGCCUCAGCAGAAGUGCAGAAGUGUCCGGCCCCGGCGCCUCAGCAGAAGUGUCCGGCCCCGGCGCCUCAGCAGAAGUGUCCGGCCCCGGCGCCUCAGCAGAAGUGUCCGGCCCCGGCGCCUCAGCAGAAGUGUCCGGCCCCGGCGCCUCAGCAGAAGUGUCCGGCCCCGGCGCCUCAGCAGAAGUGUCCGGCCCCGGCGCCUCAGCAGAAGUGUCCGGCCCCGGCGCCUCAGCAGAAGUGUCCGGCCCCGGCGCCUCAGCAGAAGUGUCCGGCCCCGGCGCCUCAGCAGAAGUGUCCGGCCCCGGCGCCUCAGCAGAAGUGUCCGGCCCCGGCGCCUCAGCAGAAGUGUCCGGCCCCGGCGCCUCAGCAGAAGUGUCCGGCCCCGGCGCCUCAGCAGAAGUGUCCGGCCCCGGCGCCUCAGCAGAAGUGUCCGGCCCCGGCGCCUCAGCAGAAGUGUCCGGCCCCGGCGCCUCAGCAGAAGCUUCAGGCCCCGGCGCAUCAGCAGAAUCUUCAGGCGCCGGCCCCUCAGCAAGACCUUCAGGCCCCGGGGCCUCAGCAGAAGUGCCCGGCCCCGGGGCCUCAGCAGAAGUGCCCGGCCCCGGGGCCUCAGCAGAAGUGCCCGGCCCCGGGGCCUCAGCAGAAGUGCCCGGCCCCGGGGCCUCAGCAGAAGUGCCCGGCCCCGGGGCCUCAGCAGAAGUGCCCGGCCCCGGGGCCUCAGCAGAAGUGCCCGGCCCCGGGGCCUCAGCAGAAGUGCCCGGCCCCGGCGCCUCAGCAGAAGUGCCCGGCCCCGGGCCUCAGCAGAAGUGCCCGGCCCCGGGCCUCAGCAGAAGUGCCCGGCCCCGGCGCCUCAGCAGAAGUGCCCGGCCCCGGCGCCUCAGCAGAAGUGCCCGGCCCCGGCGCCUCAGCAGAAGUGCCGGGCCCCGGCGCCUCAGCAGAAGUGCCCGGCCCCGGCGCCUCAGCAGAAGUGCCCGGCCCCGGCGCCUCAGCAGAAGUGCCCGGCCCCGGCGCCUCAGCAGAAGUGCCCGGCCCCGCGCCUCAGCAGAAGUGCCCGGCCCCAGCAGAAGUGCCCGGCCCCGGCGCCUCAGCAGAAGUGCCCGGCCCCGGCGCCUCAGCAGAAGUGCCCGGCCCCGGCGCCUCAGCAGAAGUGCCCGGCCCCGGAGCCUCAGCAGAAGCGACAAGCCUUGAACAGACGGCCCGACCACUCAACUAG